AUGCUCUCCAGAUCGGGCUGUUGCAAGAUCUUCUGUUCCUGUGGUAAUGCCUAUGCUGGAGAGACAUGUAGACGAAUACAUAAGAGGUUAUCCGAACAGAAAACAGCCUGCGAGGGUAUGUGGCUCAGAAAAUCGGAAUUGGCCGAAAACUUGGCUCGCACAGGACACCAGAUAGAUUUGUCUAAUGUCAAAUGCUUAGCUGAAUAUGAGGACUAUACCAACCAGAAAAUGGAAUAUCAAGGUGAUGACAAAGGAGAAGAAAACACUUUUCUGGCCCUAUCAACACAACACGAGAAGACUGAUAAACUUGAAUGUUCGGGAGUUUAUCGCAUCAAAUGCGGUAACUGUGAGCAAAAGUACAUCGGUGAAACAGGACGAAAAAUCGGCCGGCGAAUCAAGGAACAUCAAAGACUCUGCAAGAACAUGGAUACACAAAGAUAA